CCCUCUCCUCCAUCUUCAAGUCUCUCUCAUUCGAAAGUUCUCUGGCUUCUCUCACAGUCUCACGGUUUCUUCGUCUGAAACUCAGCAGCAACAAUGUCUGGUCGUGGAAAGGGUGGUAAGGGAUUGGGCAAAGGAGGCGCAAAGCGUCACCGUAAGGUGCUGAGGGAUAACAUUCAAGGAAUCACGAAGCCGGCCAUUAGGCGUCUGGCCAGGCGUGGUGGAGUUAAGCGUAUCAGCGGUUUGAUCUACGAGGAGACUCGCGGGGUCCUCAAGAUCUUCCUGGAAAACGUCAUCCGUGACGCAGUCACCUAUACUGAACACGCUCGCCGGAAGACUGUGACCGCCAUGGAUGUCGUCUACGCCCUCAAGCGACAGGGCAGGACCCUCUACGGCUUUGGUGGUUGAUCAUACAAUGACUCCGCUGCGCAACAAAGCUACAACAUCUUCGUCCCAGUCUUUUUUCUCUUCUUAUUCUUGUAAAUUUGGAAUUCCAAGGAUCUUGUUAUGUCGACUCAACGAAUAUGUUCACAUUUUAAUUCAUGAUUUCAAUGAGAAGUUGGCUUUUCCUACUACUGGAUCUUCA